GUUAAUCACUCAAAUAUCAAUCGACAGUCCAUUCUGUCCUCUCCUGCCUUUACUCUAACCUGCAGGACUUCAACAGCCAUGUUUUUGGCAGAAGCUGGAUGUGUGUUUAUCGGUUUCAUUCUGUACAUCUCAGGGGUUCAGGGACGAGCAAACAGCAUCUGUGCCUUGAAAGGCUCAUCAGUGGAUUUGCCCUGCUCAGCUGAACAUCCAACAUCAAGCAUGAAAUGGUACACCAUUUACAGAAAUUACUCUGCAGAUAGAACUCAUGCAACGUACAACAUGUCUGAAGGGAGAAACUUCACUCUGACAAUAAAAGAUGUGAGUGAGAGUGAUGAAAAGUUUUACUGCUGCAGAGAGACUAAUGACAACCUAGAACUCUGCUGGCGCAACAGAACUGAGCUCCAUGUUGCAGACCUGCAGGUACAGGUGAUUCCCACCACAGAGGGACAGACAGUAACACUGAUGUGUAGCACCAGCUGUCCUCUGACUGAAAACCCUGCAGCCUACAUCUGGUACAAGAACAGAGAGUUUCUCUAUGAGGACUGGUCUCCCUGGUACCAACAGCUGGUCAGCAGUGACGAAGCAGUCAGAUACUCCUGUGCUAUCAAAGGCUACGAGGAUCUCAGAGCCCCUGAAGUCUCAGUGGAUUCUGUCACACCGACCUGCUUUAAAGUGACCUACGCUAACGGGAGAAUGUGUUCUUAUCAGCAGACAUCAGUGGAUGAGCCCUGCUCCAUCACAUUUCCAACAGAAGUACAUGUUCAAAGGACUGCAGACAUAUCGGACCAUGUCAGACUGACGUGUAACACCAGCUGUCCUGGGACUUCCUUUAUAUGGUAUAAGAACAAACAUCUAGAUAGACAGCAUGUGAAAUCACAGUUUGUAGUUCCCAAAACCUCUGCUGACAGCUUCUACUGUGUUGUACAAGGACUUGAGGAUCUGCGCUCUGCUGAAGUCUGUACUGAGGAUGAGAACUGCUGGAGUGUGAAUUAUGUCAGCAGGAGAAUCUGUGCUCUGCGAAGUUCUUCAGUGAACAUUUCAAGUGAAUAUUUGCAUCCUGACAACGAGAAGCCAAAGUUUAAAUUAUGGUAUAAAAUAAAGAGAAGUGGGAAGGAAGAAGCUGAAGAGCUGAUUAUGGCUGCAGGCUCUAAGGAGUAUUAUGACAACGUGAAGAAUCAACACAUCCUGAGAAUCAUCAACCUGAAGAAGACUGACUCAGCAGAAUACACAUUCAGACUCCAGAAAGAUGACGAAAGACAGAAGCAGUCUGAUUUACCUGGAGUGACUUUGGUUGUCACAGGUCUGAAAGUGAAGUUUACUCCUUCUGCAGUGGUGACAGAGGGCCAGAGAGUCACACUGACCUGCAGUACCAGCUGUCCUCUGACUGACCACACAAUCUACAUUUGGUACUUGAACAGUCGACCUCUGACCCGGCCAGAGAACCAAAACAAACACCUGGUUCUAGACCCAGUCAGCAGUCAGCAUGCAGGAAACUACUCCUGUGCUGUCAAAACCCACAACACCAGCUCUCCUGAAAAGACUCUCACUGUCCGAAGUAUUACAAGAAAAUGGACACCAGCAGUAGCUGCAGGAGUCUGUGCUGCUCUUCUGGUUUUAAUACCCCUCGCUGUCUUUUUGUGGAUUAGAAGAAAGAGGACUUCCAGUCAAUCUCCUAGAACUGAAACCUCAGACAACUUGGAGCAGCUAAACCCCGGUCCUGUGUAUUACGGAAUCUCAGCUCAACCAACAGAGCAGGAUGAUCUUCACUAUACCAGCGUCCACUACACUCAGAACCACACAGAUGCUUUCUCCAGCACAGUCCAGCCACAUCAGCCCCAAGAACAAGAGCACGUCACUUAUGCUGUUGUGAACUUCAGACCCAACAGGACCCCUGAGUGAGAGGGAUACACUGCACGAUGGCCAGGCAGUGGAUCCCUAGAAUUUGUUCAACACAGCAAACAAAAUCUUAAAGAGACACACAACACACCUGUCUCUGUGAUGUACAGAACUUGGCUAUUGUUCUGUUCAUUGUCUCUGCAUUGCAUUUCCAUUUAGGGACUUCAGUUGAUGAGCUUACUGAACUUACCAACUUACUGUGAAUGAGGAGGAAGGCAUCCACCAUCUUUAGGAGCACACUUGAGAGCACUGAUGGAUGCCGACCCACUGCCUGUUUUAGGAAGUGAAGCAGGACCUAUAAACCAUAUAACUGUAUAAACCAUACAUGACUUGUCAAAAUACAAGGAGUAGACUAUUCAUUAUCUGGCACAAUACCUGCAUAAUUUUAAUGACUCCUUCACACCUGAAACAUAUUCCUGGGAAACGUUUUAUAGUCCUGAGGGACCAUUUAAAGUCCCUCGUGAAUAUAUUUUAAGCCAACGUUAGUGUAGUCCUAUGCAGGACAAACCGUUCAAGCCAGCCGAGGUAAUGUCUUUGAAAUUAGCACUAAAGAGAAAAAACACCUUUCUGACAAAGUCUCAACAAAAACUUGUUCUCAAAAAGGUGAUGUGCUAUUUUACAUGUUAAUUAGUUAUUUACAAAUUGAGAGAUGUGCAGUGCAGAUUGACUACAGGGGUACUAUUUAUGAUGGAAGCACGUUGUUCAAGUUAUUAUGUCCAACACGUGUAUUUCUUUAUAAAAUUUUCUAGCUAGAGGUAGCUGCUAAAUAAGACUCAACGGCUUUAAAAGGCUAAAUCCUCCCUCUUUGUUGCUAAGCAACCAAAGCAGUCCAUGGUUGGUUUGUGAAGUCAUGCUAGCAAUCGCUUACGCUAACGCUAGCUAAAUUAAGGAACUUUUCAGCAGCAGAAAAGCUUGAAAUUGUUAACGUUGGUCUCCUAAAAUGGCCGCCAGGGGUUUAUACGAUGCUUUUUCUAGAAGUAAAAAUCAGAGACGGUUAUAGAGAAUCUUUGGUAUAAUGCUUUUGAUACUACACUUUCUACAUUUUUAUGAAGGUACAUCCAUGUGAAAGCCUAGUCAUUUUUAGACAGUAUAAAGUACAGGUUUUUUUAUAUAUUUGCCAUAUAUUCCAAUAUUUAAAAAUAUUUUGUGUUUCUUAUCUGACUACAAUUGAAAAUAUACAUUUCUCCCCUUUUAUUCAACAAACAUAGCAUCAACAUCUAUAACUAAGUUUUAGUUGUUGUCUAACAUUACUCAGACAGCUACAGCAGGAUACAAUUGUGUUUUGAGUUUUGGUGGUGAGGUAAACCAUUUUAAAGUUGGAUUAUGGAUUGUACAUUUAAAUAAAGGUGACCCUGUUGUCUUA